AGACGUGAACAAAUAGCUUCCUUUUAUAGUUCUUACUCUAGCACAAUACCGACAAUCGGUCGAUCUAUCGUCUUUCCUCGCGGACGUCAACAAAGAUUCUACUCACUGUCUUUUAUCUCUUAAAUGAGUACUAGAUUUGGAAACUCAGUUAGCUGCAGCUAGUUUUAUAUCUCACCAGUAAGUUAACAAAACAUCCUAUUCUUCCCGAAGGUAACAUACCAAAACCUCUUUCCUCCCCCGUACUAACAUUUGACAUUAAGAUUUUACAAGACACAACAUCUACUUUAAAGUCUCUCUGCAAACGGUACGUCCUGCGAUCUUCAUGCUUUGAAUUUACAUUUCUUACUCCCGUACGUCAACAAAUGCACGUCACUAACUAGACUUUGAAAAAUAGGAUGGCCCCCCUCCAAAGAUUCGGUUACGGUGUGGUACGCAGGGGGGGACAAGGUGCCGAGCAACGCAGUGUUGUUUUCUGGUCAUAAUCCUGGCGAUCCACAUCAUUAUAUGAGCAACUUUUAUAUGGAGCAGUUUCAGGAUGAUGACGGGAUUACUUACACUUGUGCAGAGGCGUGAGUAGCCCUAUGUACCUUUUUUCAUUCUCUACUAAUAUCAUUAAUAGAUACUUUCAGGCGGGAAAAGCAUGGCUUGUCAAGGACAGCUCAAGGUUUAUGCAGAUUGCUCAUGCUAGAAGCGGUCUCGAAGCUAAGAAGUUGAGUAACGCCAUCAAGGAACUGCCUGUUUCCAGAUGGAAUGAGAUUUCUAGGCACAUCAUGGCCGACACACUAUUUUUCAAAUUUAGUCAUAAUGCGGAUAUCAGAAAGGAGCUCAUCUCGACUGGCAAUAAAGUUUUAAUAGAGGCUAGGGAUGAUCGUAUUUGGGCAUCGGGCAUGAAGACUGCCAAAGCUACCGCCAAGACACCGAUUUCCGAAUGGCGAGGUUAGAACAAGUUGGGCGAAGAAUUAAUGAGGAUGAGACUCUUUUUCAAGAGAUUGGAUCAAGCCAAGGUGGAUGAAGAUAGUAAGUCUUUCAUUUUGUACUUUGGCAAUGAAAAUUAGAUGCUAACUGAGUUCAAUAAAGCAGAACACUUCCAAUGCGACUGCUGAGGGUGAAAAUAACAUUCAAGAAUCGGAUUCUUCUUCUCAAAUUCAAAGUUCGUCAUCAUCCAAUGAACAAGAAGAUGUCGCCCUAUCAAACUGGCCAGUACACGAUGAAUUAAAGUAUCAUUAUCCACCUCCAAGCCCCACUAUCACCGGAUGAAUUCGGACAUGUUACUCCACCUUCGACUUCAUCUCUCACUGAUGAAGUGAGAUGUGCCACACCAAUUACAAGUGCACAGGGGGUGAAUGAACUUGAUGAGGUUGGCGGAGCUGGGGAUGUUGAAAUGACAGGACCCAUUCAGUUGGAGAAAGAUGAUGGACAAGAUACAUCGUCAACAUCUAAUGACUUGGGAUCAUCGGACUGCAUGUAA